AUGUCGUCGUCGGAGAUAGUCGAAUUAAAUUUGAUCUCGAAAGAAAUCAAUAUUUAUGUAUGUUCAGCGAUACUUAUUGUCGGUGUAAUUGGAGGAUGUUUCAAUGUGCUGAUCUUUCUUAGCCUGCGAACAUUUCGAGAAAGUUCCUGUGCAUUUUACUUGCUCGUUAUGUCCGUGUGUAAUGUCGGUCAGUUAGCAACAGGUUUACUACGUCAAAUAGCGUUUGGCGGGUUUGGUAUUGACUGGACGCAAAGUUCCUUGUUCUACUGUAAAUGGAGAACGUUCUUUUUUCAAGCUUGUAUGUUAAUCUCAUUAACAAGUAUUUGUCUCGCAACAAUCGAUCAAUAUUGGGCAACAUGUCAUCGACAGAAAUGGCAGAAAUGGUCUAACGUCAAAUUAGCAUACUGCCUUUCGGCUAUAUCAGUUAUCGUAUGGCAUCUGCAUGGAUCUUUAUAUUUAGUUUUCAUGAAUCAAGUGGUUCUCCCAACCGGUGUCGUUUCGUGUAUCAAUACGAAUUUAAUAUUUCAACAAUAUAUCAGUUAUGUUUUAUCUCCUGUCAUUGGAAGAGUGAUUCCUCUUACAAUUACUUUCGUAUUUGCUGUUUUAGCUUAUCGUAAUGUUAAACAGAUUAGCUACCGAACAGUUCCACUCGUUCGCCGUGAACUUGAUAAGCAAUUGACAACGAUGGUCCUAGUUCAAGCGAUUUUCACUUUUUUCGCUAUAACGCCUUCGUUUAUUGUCAAUGCGACUAUAUCGUAUACAAAUGUAACGAAAGAUCCAUUGAUAUCUGCGAUAAUGCAAUUGAUCAAUCUUAUCAUGACAUGUUUGUAUUAUUUAUACUUCGCAAGUCCAUUUUACAUCUACCUUUGUGUAUCUGAGCGGUUUCGGCGACAAUUUUGUUAUGUAAUGUUGAGUCAAUGGCAUCAAAAGAAAAUAUAUAUUAACCAAAUAGCGCCACAGUCUGGAUUAGAUAAAACGAUUAGACACAACGAAUCAUAA